AUGUACUUUAGUAGUCCAAUAAAGUUGAAAGGUGCAAACAAUUGCCAUACUUGGAAAAUUCAUAACAUUAUUGUAUGUAAAUGUUUUACUAAAUAUUUGAUAAGAUUGGAGAAUAUUACUUUUUAUUGUAGUAUUUAGUUCUUUCUCAAAAUAUAUCAACCAUUUUUCUUCAUGAUCAUUUCGAACAUUAAGAGAAAUUAAUUUUUCAAGACAUAAUUCUUCAUCAUAAUCACCAAAAAUGGAACAAAUAUAUUUUUCUUUAUCAAUUUUCAUUUUUUGUACACCUUCAAAACAUUUUUGUAUAGAUAUAUUUAGUGUCUCUAGAUUAUAAGAUUUAAAUAAUAUUUCUUCAAUUUCUUUAUCAGAAAGAAAAUAAAACCUUGGAAAAUGUUGUCUCUUAAUUUCUAUAUAAUUUUUAAUUUUUUGAUUUAUAUAUUCAAGCUUCUCAACGAUAUCAAGUAAAAGUUUUGAAGUUAUUAUGUUAUUGAUUUCUGUAAAAGUGGGAGUUUUUGACAGCUUGUUUUGAAUAUGUUUUAAAAUUUCUUUCAUUUCUUUAUACAAAAGAAAUUCUUUGGCUAAAUGUACUUCUAUGCUUGGAUGACAAAGAAUAGAAUUUAAGGAAAGUAAUAAUAUUUGUAUGUAAUUCCAUUGAUUAAUAAUUUCUUGAAUUUUAACGAGGGAUAUUGAAAAAUCUGCCAUUAAGGAAGUUAUUUCUUUAACAAAAUUCGAAGUUUUCAUUUCUUCAAUUAUUGUAAGAUGAUCUUCAAGUAAUAAUUCUAUAUCAUCUAAAUUAGAAAAUAUAUUCAUUUUAGUUUGUUUAUCAAAACUUAUUUCAAAAGAAAUUUUAUCCCAUUUUUUAAUCAUUUUCAAUAAUUUCUGUUGCAUCUGUAAUUCUCUAUUAGCACCUACACUAAUAGCUUUAUAUUUCUCAAUAUCAUCCAUUAAAUUAUAUGAAAUAAUUUUUCUUAAACUAGUUCCAGCAUUAGGUGUAAGAUUAAAUUUGCAUAUUGUAGACAUUUCUUGCCAAUGUCGUUUUUGUAAAGCUGGAUUACACAUACAUACCACUAAUGGUAAAUAUUGCUUAAAUUCAUUGAUAGAAUUAAGUGCUUGCCAACAUAGUUUUAAUGGAGCAGGUUGUUGCAUUUGAUCUGGAUCAUCUGCAAUUCCAGAAAAUUUGAAACAUUUGUUCAGUGUCACAUCCAUCUUAAUCUUUGUUUUAAACAUUUUACUCAUUUCAGUAAUUCUUUCGAAAUAAUUUAAUGUUUUAUUUUCUAUAACAAUGGCAUCCAAACAUUCAAAAGGACCAUCCAACCAUACAGAAUUAUCUCUUUGCCAUUGAUAAAUAAUAUCAAUAAGAUCAUAAAAUGACACAAUUAUUUCAUGUAAUUCAAUUACAUUUGAAAAUUCAGUUUCAGGAAAUUUAAAUAAUGUUUCUUCUUCAUUAAUUCUUUGCGUUUCAUAUUUAAUUUGAUUUAUUUGUUUUAGGAGAACUUUAUAAUAUUCAAUAUAUUCUCUAAUUCUGUCUAUGUCAUCCAUAUUAUCCAACACACUAAGUUGAGGAAUGAUAUUAUCUACCUCAAUGUUUAAAUUAUUUAUUCUUUUCUGCAUGUCAUCUUCAAGUUCACUUUUCAUUGCCUCACACAAAGUAUUACUUUGUUUAAAUAUUGGUUCAAUUUCAUGUAGCCAAUUAAUAGUUCUUUUAUUUAACUGAAUAUGAUCAUCUGACAAAAUUGUUAUUUCUGAUAAUGUGCUUAACAUGUAUAUUGAAUUCUGGAUUUUAGAUGUUAGUUCUUUUAUUAAUACUUGCGAUGCAUGUAAGAUGUAAUCAGUUAAUUUAAUUAAGGAUUGUGAAUUUUUUGGUACAUUUAAUAUCUUUGUUUUCAAAUUUUCAAAAUCUGAACAAAUAGAUUGAUUGAAUUCUUGAUGGAACUUGAUAAGUUUAUUUAAGAAAAUAUUAAUUAUAUUGCAAGAUUCUUUUUUCAAAAAUUCUUUAGCUUUAUGUUGCUCUAAUUUUCCUACUGUAUGAUAUGUAUUUAAUAUCAUUGCAUUUGCUUUUAUUAAGUAAGUAUUAUAUUCCUGUAUAUGUUGAAGAUAUAAUUCAAAAUUGAUUUCUUCUGAUGUUGCUGAUAAUAUCUUUUCUCUUAAAUUAUAUGUACAGAUGGGAUAAAAUUCUUCAGUGAUGUUCUUUACGUGUUCAUUUAUAGAUUGAAAUAAAUUAUCCAAAGUGAAUUGUAAUUUGUUAUGAGUUUCUUUAAUAUAACAAUCUGAUAAUUUUAUUUCAAUACAUUUAUAAUGUACUUUCAUAUUAAGCCAUUCUUCUAAUGGCAUUAAAUCUUGUGCAAUUAUUCUAAUUUUGUCAAUUAUACUAUGAUAAAAAGAAUAUAUUUUUUCAAUAGCAGGACUAAGGCAUAAUUGAUCAUCUUGCAUAAUAAGUUGAAAUUUGAUUUGAGGAAAAUAAUAUUCAUUACUUAUAACAUUUAAUAUGUGAUCAAUAGAUCUUAUCAUAACAUUUAAAAUUUGUUGUACAAAAACAUGUGUUAUGCAACGCAUAACUCUGGACAAUUGUUUUUUAUUAAUGUUUUUUAAAAUUCUGUUGCUUGCUAUAACUUUUGAUAUUUCAGUAUAAAACUGAUUAGUUAAUGCUAAUGAUCCUUUCUUAAUGUCAUUGUUAAUUAUAUUUUGAAAAUCAGUUAAUGACAUAAGUCCAAACUGAUGAUAAUGUUCAAAAUUGCAGAUAAAUAUUGGAAGUUUAAGUUGUGCUUGGUUUAUAAUAAUCCUUAUUGGUUCUAAAUAAAGGUAAUAUUUUCUAUAUAAUAAUUUACUACGUUUGAGGAAAAUAUUCUUGUUAAAAGUUUUUUGAUCAUUUAAAAAUUUGUGGUUCAUAUAAGUUAUCUUGGAAAUAUAAUCAUCAUCAUUUCUGUGAUCUGACAGUACAACUUUAUUUAAGAAAUCUUGCAUAUCUUUAAUAUAUAUGUCUUUUGUUUCUUUUAACAUUAAUUUUAUUAGUGAACGAUAUUUUUUUUUAUAUUUCUUUGAUAAUAAGUUCAAAAUAUUUUUUUCCCAGUCAAUGGGAAAUUCUUUGAAAUGAAUGUUGCUUAAAUACAAUUUCAUUUUAUUAAAUAUUAAAUUAUUAUCGAAUGUGCUAAUACUUAAAUUAUUCGAUUGGUAUAUAUUUACCGUAUUUACAUCCAUAUUCCACUUAAACAAAUUUUUACAACAGUUUUACUCAGUAUUUAGGCUGACACAGUUAGAUUGGAGUUGCAGACAAAAGAGAUCGUGAAUAUAGAAUGUUUUAUCAAUAAUCUUAGCUUUGCUAUAUUUCUUUAGCAGAUAUAAAAUUAGUUACAGACAUUAUAGCUGGAAUCUAUUUGAUAAUUUAAAAUGUAAAUAUAUAUUAAUUAUUAGUUUCUCAUUUACGUUUGUUUUGAUUAUAUCAAGAUUAUGUUAAGUCAGACAUUUUAACCUAUUUGGCAUUCACCCUAUUAUGAAGGACCACCUUAAUAUGAAGUAUUUUUGUUGACAAAUAAUUUUUUAAUUAAGGAAUAUUCGCAAAUAUGAGUAAUAUUUAUAUACAAGAACCACCCACUACGGGUAAAGUAAGUAUUAAUUCACGAAAUUUCAAUAAAUUGCAUAUCUAUUUCUAAAAACAUAACCUAUAUUUAAUAUUUGUAUUUAGACUUCUAUUUAGACUAUUAAUGUUAAAUAAUUUAUGUUAUUGUAAAAUUAGUUUUAUUUCAAAAGUAUUUCAUAUUAUUGAAAUUAAUAAGUUAUCACGAAUAGGUGAUGAUGAAAACAACUGUUGGUGAUAUUGAUUUGGAAUUAUGGGCUAAAGAAACUCCAAAAGCAUGUAGAAAUUUCAUACAAUUAUGUAUGGAAGGCUAUUAUGAUAAUACCAUAUUUCAUAGAAUUAUUAAAGGAUUCAUAGCACAAGGUGGCGAUCCAACAGGUACAGGAGAAGGUGGUGAAAGCAUAUAUGGACAACCAUUUAAAGAUGAAUUUCACACAAGAUUAAGGUUUUGCCGACGAGGUUUAAUUGCUAUGGCCAAUGCUGGAAAAGAUGAUAAUGGUUCUCAGUACUUUUUCACUCUUGGUUCGACGUCAGAGUUGCAAAAUAAACACACAAUCUUUGGUAAAGUUACUGGGGAAACUAUAUAUAAUAUGCUUAAACUUGAAGAAGCACUUGUAGAUGGGGAUGAUAGGCCACUGUAUCCUCCAAAAAUUAUAAAAACAGAAAUAUUGAACAAUCCAUUUCCUGAUAUUAUACCAAGGACAGUAUCAAAGAAAAAUGAAGAAAUGAAGGAUAACUCAAAAACUAAAAGUGCAGGAGUGAAAAAUUUUAAUCUUUUAUCGUUUGGUGAAGAAGCAGAGGAAGAUGAAGAAGAAUCUGUGAUACUAAAUAAAAAGUUCAGUAGUAAGGGAAAGUCUGCACAUGAUCAUCUAAGUGAUCCAAAGUUAAGUGCACAACCAGCCGUUGAACCUCCAAGUAAAAAAAAGAAAAAAGAUCGUAGUAGCGAUUGGGAAAGUGAUGAAGAAGAAAAAACUCAAGAAGAAUUAGAAGCUAUAGAAAAAGAAAAAGAAGCAAUGAAAGAAAGGAUAAAAAAUAAAUUAAGAGACACAAAAAAGGAAUCUAAAAAAGAAAAUUAUAAAGUAGAUGAUGAUGAAGAUGAUAAAAAUGUAAAAGAAGAUGAAUACUACCUUGGCAAGGACAGAGAUGAAGAACGUAAAAGAAAAGCGGAGGAAAUUAGAAAAGAAAUUCGAGAUUUGAAACGUGGUGUUCAAAAUGAAAAGAAAGCAAAAGAAGCAGAUCAAAAAUUGAAACAAGCCCAAGAAGAAAAGAAAGAAAAAAAAACGGAGAUUAUGAAAGAAUACAUAGAAACUCAAGAGAAAUAUAAAGAAGCAAAAUCGAAAUUGCCUAAAAAAGGAAAAAAUCGCGAAGACUUUACGAUGGAGUUAUUAAAUAAGUUUAAAUCUAAACUUCAAAAUGCUAAAGACACUGUAAGAGAAAAAUCGCCGAUUCCAUUAAAAAAAGAAAAUAGCAAAGAAGAUGAUUUUGAUCCAACCGAUAAAUCUUGGAUGGUGCAUGCAUUACAUUGUGAAGAAAAAGUACCUGUUCUUGCCAAGGAUGCAAGCACAAAAGAUGAUGAUUGGUUUGAAAUUUAUGAUCCCCGAAAUCCGCUUAAUAAACGACGAAGAGGAGAGAGAUCACAUAAAUCGAAAGAUGAUAAAAAUAGACGUCCCGAUUCUCGUCGCAAAUGACAUGUAUUAUAAAUAAUAUUUUACUAUAAUGCGCAAGUAAUCAUAGUAUUUUUACAUUAUUUUUUUUUAAGCAUAGAAAUGUGCAAAAUGUAUGUUAUAUUAAAUACAUUUUUUUUAAAAAUAAAAAUUAUAUAUUUACUGAAAAAGUAAAUAAUAUUUUGGAACACGUUAGUUUUAUAUUUUAAAACUUCAAAAUUUAGUUUUUGCAUUAGUUUAUUUUCAGUGCUAUAUGAUCGUGUUUACUAUUACCUUUAAUAUUUUGAUGGCAAAGACGGAUAACGUUAGUGCCAUGAUUUUGUGUGCAACUAGGCAUAUAGAUCGUAGCUUAUCCCGGCAGUAAAACUUGAUAAGACAUUGAUACAAAGGACGACAUAUUCGUUUACUGAUUCAGUCGAUCUGUUGACAGCGAACGGUACGCAUCGUAUAUUUAUAUAACUUCGCGAUUGAAUAAAUGUAAUCAAACAUUCAUUUAAUGAAUUAUACAUUUAUUUUAAAUAUUACGGAAAGCAAGGGUGAAGAAUUUUUGUAAAAAAAAGAAAUUUUAUUUAAAAUAUAAAUUUUAUUUACUAAUUACUGAUCAAAAGAAUUAAAAAAGGAGGAACAAUUUUUAUUGUUAACAGAUUGUUAUUGUUCUUUAUAAAUUACGUACUAUGACCUGUUAAUGAAUCAUCAUUGAAUAUAAUGUGUUCUUGUGCGUGUUAUUAUUUUUAAUACUAUCCACGUGUGAAAGUAAUGGUCCUGAGUUUCUAUGCCGCGCUUCUGCAAGGAGAAUGCCAACGACGCCAUUAAAAAUAGAUAUACUUGAGGACGGUGUUCGUCCGAGAGAUUGGCAGCCUCGUAGGUCGCAGUACAAGGUGCCUCUGAGAUUAUUUCGAUUAUGUUUACUGGGAAUAUUCUUUCCCGCGGUAUUGGUGGCGGGGCCAAUGUACUUGCGAUAUCGUGUCUAUUCUGAGCAACUGUACCCUUUAACCGUCUCUGAUCAGAGGCUUAUCGACGCGAAAGUGUCUACUACGUGGUGCCAGAGUCAGGUGAUCAAAGUAAACGCGACGUUCAACGCCUAUCUGAUGAACGACGAGCCAAAAGUGGAGAACGAGUUUCUGCCUGUUUCAAUGACGAGGCAUUUGAUUCUAGAGGACGACAUGAAAGAAUAUUGGGGCUUCUAUCUUCUUCGUGGUAGCAGCGUCACCGUUUCCACUUGCGUCAGAUGGCCCGGUGCUUCGUUAACCAUGAUCCGGGGUCAUAAGCAUCUUCACGAGUGUGCCUUCAUCGGUGACGACAGCAGCGAGGAAUUGGAGGAACUUCUGGAAGUUGCCAAGGAGACCGGUUUUCUUGCAGUGAACGGAUCACUCGAGAGCGAGAGUCCCAGCAACGAGCCAGAGAAGAUGAAGAGAGCUCAGCAAGGGGUGCAGUUCCACCACAAGGACCACGCCGAUCUAUUGAACAGCUCGAGACACACGAUGGACACCAUGCAUCAUUACAACAGUCACGAAUUGGACGCGAAAGCUAUGAAAGUGAUUCUCACGGAACUGUUCGCGAAAACUCUCGACACGAAGAAGAAGCAGAAGGAGAGUCCGCAUCAUCAUUACGAGGGAACGUUCGUGGAGGCGGACAAUAUCGACAAACCACCCACUCAAUACCCUCAGGAUGACACGCAGGGAGCUAGAAGUAAAUUAAUGGAAAGUAGAUUGAUAAAAACCUUCGAGCAAGUGUUGAAGAAGCAGAACGUCGCAGCAAGCGUCGCGAACGACACGGGAGAAUUGACAGAGAAACACGGGAGGCUCAAGCAUGGAGACGUUCUGCAAAAUCGGGCGAGUGAAGAGAGGACGACGAUGAAGCCCGAGGAAAAGAUCGAGAAAGCUGGAGCCACGUCCGCCGAGGUGUUCCGAGAUGUGUUGGACAAAAUCACCUCUUUGGGUUAUCGGGGUAAGAAGAUACUGAGGAGAUUGAUGGAUGAAAUUGAGAAGAAAGGCCCUGAGGGAGAAUCGUUGCGACAGGCAGUGAACAAGACGAUGAACGAUCGGACACUCUCGGAUGCUGAGAAACGCAGGAGGCGAAGAGACUUAGUUCUGUCAUCGCCUCUUCGUAAGGAAUUAACGGAGGAAGAUGAAGACGACGAUGCUGCCAUAGAGGAGGAUAUGUUGCACCCAGAUGGCAUAGCCGAGGAUAGAGGAACCGUGAACGAGACGACGUUGAAUGACAGAAGCAACUCCGAAUUCUGGAGUUCAUUUAGCAGCUCCGAGGAACGACUGUUGGACUGCAAAGGGUUAAUCUUGAAUUUGCCUUUAACGCCGCAUCGACAUUGUACUCCGAAACACGAGAGCGAACACUCGGCCGCCUCGUUUGCUAACACAGUUACGUACAGAGUGCCUAUGAACGGAUAUUACUUUUUCGUGUUCAAUUCCGAGAACGAGAUUCAACCGAAUUAUCUGCGGGUGCGUUUCGAUCUUCUGAAGACCGUCUACGACAUCUCGAAUCCGGUACACGCUUGCAAGAACAGCACGACAGAAUGUUCUCUGCCAUUCAAGAUCUUCAGCAAUGAGAAAACGGUCCUGGAAUUGCCACUGAGCGGCAAUGACUCACAAUGGAACCAGGAAUACGUGGUGGUGUCCAUUUGCGAGCCCAGAACGUCUAUUUACUUGUUAUGCAUCAUAUCGGUGCCUUUGCUCAUCCUUAUAUUUGCAUUUUACUGACAACACGAAUGAAUCCGUAUCAAGGAAAUCAGGCAGUAUUUUGAUCUCGCUGGGAAAUGCUCACUUGUAAAUAUUUCUUUAAGGUUCAAUGGCGAGGGACAAAACCAUUGUCACAUUGUAGCGAUAAAGCGACAGUAUUCUUUUCCUUUCGUAUUCUGUAACUUUCGUUGGUAGUUGCGAACGUAACGUUUGUGAUAGUCGAUCAAAUUCUAAAAAGAAACCUCACGUAAAUCGCGAUAUAUAUUACAACAUUCAAAUUAUUCAAUUAGGUUGCGAAUUUUGAUACGUUUGUAGAAAAUUAUAUAAAAUAUAGUAUUCAUUGUAAUACUACUAGUUUAAGCGAAAUGAUUGUUUGAAUAGAUUUUAUUUCAUUUUUAUUUGAAUUUAUAUACAUGUCUGCAUAGCAGUCUAAUUGCUUAUAAUUUAACGUAGUAUAAUUUUAAAGAUGCAUGUGAUAUAAGGGUGGCUAAUCAAUUGUUUACUGCAAUCAACAU